ACAGGGGAGAAUCUUUAUACAUGUAAUGACUGUGGAAAAACUUUUCACAAGAACUCGCUCUUCAGAAGUCAUCAGAGAACUUACACAGGUGACAAACCAUAUGAAUGUAAUGAAUGUAGGAAAUCUUUUUCCCACAACUCAGCCCACCUUACACAUAAGAGAAUUUAUGCAGGGGAGAGGUCCUAUAAAUGUAAUCAGUGUGGAAAAACCUUUUACUAUAAGUCACACCUCACCCGGCAUCAGAGAAUUCACACAGGGGAAAGGCCCUAUAAAUGUGAGUGUGGAAAAACCUUUUACUAUAAGUCACACCUCACCCGGCAUCAGAGAAUUCACACAGGGGAAAGGCCCUAUAAAUGUAGUGAGUGUGGAAAAACCUUUUACUGUAAGUCACACCUCAACAGGUAUCAGAAUCACACAGGUGAAAGGCCCUAUAAAUGCAAUAAGUGUUGAAAAAACUUUUCCUGUAAGUCAAACCUCCGUGCACGUCAGAGAACUCACACAGGUGAGAAACCGUAUGAAUGUAAGGAAUGUAGAAAACCUUUCUUCUAUAAAUCACAGCUCAAUAGACAUAAGAGAAUUCACUCAGGUGAAAGCCCCUAUAAAUGCAAUGAGUGUGGAAGAACCUUUCACCAGAAGUCAGUCCUCAGUAUGCAUCAGAGAAUCCAUACAGGGGAGAAGCCCUAUGAAUGUAAUGAGUGUGGAAAAGCCUUUCACUGGAAGUCAAUCCUCAGUACACAUCAGAGAAUCCACACAGGUGAGAAACAAUAUGAC